UUGGGCUCGGGGGCCGGCUCGGUCCCCCUCCCAGCCCAGCUGUGCGGUUUAAUUGUAAACAACGCUGAUCUGUCAACAGGCGGCUGGAAGACGCGAGUAGUUGAUAAUCGCAUUUAAUACCCUUUACUUUACAAACGUGUGUAUCUAAAGGGCACGUGUGACUGUAAUGGAAAGGGAACUUCAGGGUUAAUAUUUUCUGAUUGAAUUUACUUUAUCGAAACUUUGCUACUUAACUGUGCUGCUUGGAAGUUCGGUUAAUGAGGGAUACCAAUUAACACAAAUUUGCGAGGUCUACCUGUAUUAUAGAAUUCCAGGGAAAAUAAAAAUGUCUGACCCAGAAGCAUUAAAGAAAGGGGCUCUUGUGUCUGCUGCAUAUGACACUUUUUUACAGGUUGGGCUACGAAUCCUGUCUUUCAUACUGAAUGCAUUUAUUGUACGUCAUGUCAGUCGAGAGGUGUUUGCAGUGAUGACAGUUCGGCUUCACUUGCUGUAUGCCACAGGACUAUUGUUGUCACGAGAGGCCUUCAGGCGAGCAGCCUUAAGCUCGAAAGCGUCUGUGGAAAUCCACAAGCUUAUUAAUUUGGUGUGGAUAGGGUUGUUAGUGUCAGGGCCUGUUUGUGUACUGGGCUGGUAUAUCUGGCAGUAUGUUAUGAAAAGGCCACCAGAUGCUGUGACCACCGACUAUGAUGCUGGGGUUAUCUUUAUGGUAAUGAGUAUUGUUGUGGAGGUGGCAGCUGAGGUACCUUUUGUCUUAGCAGAAUUACAGCUGUGGAACAAAACAAAGGUUGUGAUUGAGGGAUUAAUGCAAGUACUGCGCUCUAUACUUCUGGCAACAUUUGUGUAUAUUUGGCCCAUGCAUGGUGUUUUAAUGUAUGGCAUCAGUCACAUUGUUGGCUCACUAAUAUAUUGUGUGUCAUAUUAUGGGCUGUUCAUUCAAAUCUUUCACAAGAAGGAGGAAGUCGUGAAGUUACCAGUUAAAGGAAUUAGGCAACUGUUUCCUAGAUGGAAACCAGGGAGAUUAUUGCCUGAAGUGGACAGUGAAUUAGGAACCAUAUCAUGGAGUUUUUUUAAACAAGGAUGGUUAAAAGAAGCACUGACAGAGGGUGAAUUUUAUCUCAUGAAUUUCUUCUCAUUGAUAUCCUUAGCCCAACAAGGUGAAUAUCAGGUGGUGAAUAAUUUGGGAUCUCUCGCUGCUCGCCUUGUGUUUAGAAGUAUUGAGACAGCAGCUUACAAGUACUUUGCUCAGAUGGUGUAUCGAGGAAAACCAAUAAAUGAAGAGGAUCAGGAAAGAAUAGCAGAGGUGGUAAGAUUUUUAACUUCAUUGAUCCGCACGCUGCUGCUCAUUAGCAUCUUCAUCCUAACAUUUGGCUGGUCCUACUCAAGUCUGCUACUUGAGCUGUAUGGUGGUCGUCAGCUGAGUGAAGGGGGAGGGACACUACUGAUGAGAGCACAGUGCUUCUAUGUUAUCUUCCUAGCCAUGAAUGGUAUCACAGAAGCCUACACUUUUGCUGCCAUGGAUGAUAUACAACUUUCAAGAUACAACCAUUUCUUGGUAUUGUUCUCAGCUGCUUACAUUGGAACAGCAGUCAUCUUUACACAGAUAUUUGGUCCCCUUGGUUUUGUUCUUGCUAAUUGCAUAAAUAUGGGCCUUCGUAUAACAUACAGCUGUUGGUUCAUUCACAAACAAUACCAAGGGAGCGAGUACCAGCCACUUAGUUCUGUAUACAUAACUCCAAGAAUCAUCAUGCUGUUUUCUUUUGCCCUGGUUUUCACAACAAUUUCUGAGCCUACCCAUGUGCCACCACACGGCCAACCCGCGCACUGCAACCCUAUAUAUGGUUCUUUGUCGAUCGUAAAACCUGCCAUCAGCAUGGCUCCAAGAUUAUCGGCCAGAAUUAUAUAUUGUACUUUACAUUUUUUUUUACUUACAUAGUGAGAAAACAGCACUAACAUUAGGAACUGUGUUUGUAAAGUGUGACAACUGUUGUUUUGAAAAUGUGAGCAGUGUUGGAAGUGUGACAACUGUUGUUUUGAAAAUGUGAGCAGUGUUGGCCGCUAUCAUUGUUCGCUCUGUUUAUGUGACAAAUGCUUUUGUGACUGUGAAGUGAGCAGUGUAACUUUGAAAAUGUCUGGGAAGGUCAAGGCAUCCAAGACAACCGUGUCUCUGAGGUGAAGCUUGACAUUGUUAAGCAGCAUGAGACUCCUCACAAGCUGUGUGGGAGUCAGAGUGAAGUCUUCACUCCACCCACAAGAAGCCCCUUAGCCUCGAAGGGGACAUGUGAUGAUGACCAGACUUAUUCUUCAGGAUGUGGUGAGUGUUGUUUAAUUGUUUUGUACUGAUAGUAGUACAAUAGGAAAAUUUUUGUCGGUGAUACAUAUAUGUUUGGGGACUGGCUGGGAACGUAUCCCAUUGAACCCCAUGUUAUAAUGCUCCCUAUUUAUGAUGAUACACCCAUCUAAGGGUUUUCAGGAACGUAACCCCCAUUGAAAAAAUUAUGAAGGCUAAAUGUAGAAAAGAAUGCUAUGAAAAAAAGGUUGUCAUUACAGAUGUGCAAACCCUUUGCUGUGCCAGUGAAGUCAAGUAGCCAACAUUUUGCACAAUGAAGAUCACUCGAUGAUUAUAAACAUCUAGGGUAGUGUUUUUUACAGACAUUAAAAUCCUCAAAUCUGAAUCACAUCAAACUGGGCUGCCCUUCAGAUAUGAACCUUCAAUUUAGUUUGUGGCAAAACAUCCAGAUACUCAAACAUACUGUACAUACACAUAUGAUUCACAUGGCCAAGUCAGCCAGCAACAAGUAUUGUGGUUUGUGAAGGGAGGGAUUUCAGCAGGAGAGACAUCAGUGAUAAAUAUAGAGCAUUUCACCGACUGGAUCAUCAGGGCUCCAGUAGGUGUGUAUUCUGUCAAUAGUGUACUGUACUUGUACAAGGGGAAUUCUUGGAUCACCUAAAGAAUCUCCAGCCCCAGCUUAUGUCACCUUGAUAACCACCCUAAUUCAAUUUGGGGAAUGAGGUUAGGUUACAAAAGCAUUAGGGUGAUUAAUCUAUAGGUGAAAUAAGCUGGGGUGGAGAUUCUUCAGGUGAUCUGAAUUCUUGAUUGUCUGGUGUGCUAUACCCCACAGCUUGUCAAGUACAUUUACCACAAUGCCAAAAGUGAAAGAAAGUGAAGCACAUGAGUGUUACUAAUAAUGAAAUUAAGAUUACCUAAAAAAUUUCAUCAGUUAUGAUUUGCGUAGGAUGUAAAAACAUGAUUUAAGACUCAAAAUGUUUAGCAUUAGAUCAAACAGAAUUCUGAAAGAGGAUUUGAGAUUGAAAUUAACCCAAGCAGGUCCUCUUUGCUACUUAGCUGAAAAAUGGUACUAUAGUAACACUCCACUGUCAAAAACUUUUUUUGUUCUCAGAAAAAUGAGAAAUUAUAGCACGAUUUAAUAUUUCCUCCAAAAAACUUUAACUCUGUAAUAUAUCUUUUAUUUAAUGGUUAAACUUUCUAAACCAAACUCACCU